AUGAAAGCAAACGUUUUAACGAAACUUUGCCAGCUGCUCCAUCCAAAGCGCGCCGCUUGUGCGGGCUCUCGGUGUGUCCUGGUGUCGAAAUGUCGCUUCCGCAGCGUUGCACUGUGUCUUCCAGAAGUUCGCGGCGAGCCGCUACUACUCGUCAUGUUCUUUCCGCCGUCACCACCACCGGCCCAGCAGGGAGGACAGCAGCGAGCAGACGUACAUAUAGCGCCGAGCCACCAGUACUUCGGCGCCGCCAUGAUGCUGGCGCACUCGGCUGGCGCGGGCUACGCGGUCGUGGGCCGCGCCGCCAUGCGCCUCGGCGAGAACACCAACGCCAACGCCGCCCGCGCCACCUGACAAACAGCCGGCGGCGGGGCCGAGGCGGC